CAUUUAACAUACUAUACGAGAAGCCAAGUCUGGAGUUAUGUCGCUAUUUAGUUAUGUUAAGGGAUCCGACGAUAACCGGCAAAAUAUCUGUCAAGAAUGUGAUCACAAUUCUUAAUAUUCUGCACUUUUGGAGAUCAAUAUUCACAAAACACCAAAUCGGCAGCAAAAACAAAAUAUAUUGUUAUAAUCUCCGCAAUCUAUUAUACGAAUCGGAUAAAGGAAUAUCGGUGUCCAACAAAGUGUUGGAAACUUUGUUGAUUCGCUACUCAGACAACUCAACGUAUCUAACAUUGGAGUCUUUCAUUCAAUCUCUGGUCAAAUUGCAUCUCUCACACGAACGUUACAAAUCAUUGGAAAGAAAAGGAAAACAUAAUAGCAUUACAUUAGAAGAGAUGAUUCUAUCGACAUUA